UUAGCAAUCUUGUCAUUGCAUAAUAUAUUCAAAAAAUCAACAACACAAAGUAGACAGGAAAACUAGAAACAUAUAUAGACCAAGGAUGUCAGCAACUUCAGUAGUGGUUAUGAUUGCAUUAUUCGUGGUUACGGACCUCGUCUUUGCACAGCCAAAAAACAACAAUACCAACACUGAUACUGACGUGCCCAUUAGAUUUUAUUGUGGAAGCAAUGAUGCAAUGUCUGAAACAACCUUUUCCAGGAACCUUAACUCUACGUUUUCUCAACUUAGAAGCCAAUUGUCAAAGAUAGGUGUAUAUUAUGCCAGAGCCCAGAACUUGGAAGACGGGGACGGUGUAUAUGGAGUUGCGCAGUGCCGGAACUACCUCUUGGCAAACCAGUGUUUAGCUUGCUUUGAUGUUGCCGUUUCUGCAGUUAAACCUUGUGGUUCUGCAAAUGGUGCAAAUGUUUUUCUAGAUAAUUGCUUCCUCAGAUAUGAGAACUACGACCAGUUUUAUGAUGACCCGGAAGGUAGUUUGGACGUUGCUGUUGCUCCACUUGCCGUAUGUGGUAAUGAGUCAACAUCUCAGCCGAUAACAAACUUUAACCGAGCGCUACAAGGAUUAUUAUCAGAUAUUAGAGUUGCUACCCCAAGAACUACUGAUUUCUACGUAGCAUCUACAAGACAAGUCACUGGUGGAAAUGCAACAAUCUACGCAGUUGGACAGUGUCUUGCAAAUGCAAGCCGGGCCAUUUGUAAGAACUGUAUGAGUACAGCAUAUAACAACUUAUUCAGCUGUCUGCCAGCUGAUGAAGGAAGAGCAAUCGAUGUGGGAUGUUUUAUGAGGUAUUCCGGGAUUCCAUUUUUUCAGGAUAACCAGACAACCAAUCUCAUACCUUUCUUAAGUGGAGUGAGUUCAAGUAAAUCUGGCCUAAUAAUAGGAGUAUGUAGUUCUGCAGCUGCUUUUGUGCUUAUCCUAGCUUUAUCCUUGUGGUUUUGGAGACGACGAAAGUCCAAAGAUUUUGCUGAAGACAUGUCCGAAUUGCAGGGAACUCAAAGUUACAGUUAUGAAGAUUUGAAGAAAGCAGCUAAUAAUUUUAGUGAAGAGUAUCUAAUAGGAAGAGGAGGUUUUGGCGAAGUAUACAAGGCCAUUUUAGACGAUGGAAAUGUAGUAGCCGUCAAGAAACUCCAGGUUAGGGUUGGAGCAAAAAAAGAAUUCAUAAAUGAAGCUAAGCUUAUAAGUAACGUGCGUCACCGCAAUCUCAUCCUUCAACUAGGGUGGUGUAUUGAUGGUUCGGAGCUACUUCUUGUUCUAGAAUACAUGUCCCAAGGGAGUCUAGACAAGUUCUUAUGGGGUGAAAAAAAGGGGACUCUAAAUUGGAAACAGAGGUCCGACAUUAUAUCCGGGAUUGCUAGGGGACUUGCCCAUCUACAUGGAGAACUCCAUUUCAAAAUCAUUCAUAGAGAUAUAAAGUCAAGCAACAUUCUUCUUGACAAUGAUUUCCAACCAAAAAUUGCAGAUUUUGGGUUGGCCAGAUUUUAUCCUGACGAUCAAACUCAUGUUAGCACCCGGUUUGCUGGAACUAUGGGCUACACGGCACCAGAAUACGCAACCCGUGGACAUUUAUCAGAGAAAGUAGACACUUACAGUUUUGGCAUUGUCGCCCUUGAAGUCAUUAGUGGUCAGAGGUGUACACAUGUGAAUUAUGAUGGUUCUGAAAUGGAAUACCUGCUUGAUCAAGCUUGGAAGUUAUACGAGAAAGGCAUACACAGUAAGUUGAUUGAUGAAGCCCUAAAUCCAAAUGAAUAUCAAGAAGCAAAUGUUAUUAAGAUCGUAGAGAUCGCUCUAAUGUGCACCCAGUCACCAGCUUCUUUAAGACCGUCCAUGUCUGAUGUUUAUUUGAUGUUGUCCAGCGAGCCAACAUUGGGGAAACGGCAGAUGUCUAGGCCUACCUUUGUUAAUGCCGAUAGAAGAAUUCACAUAGGUGGGAGCAGAGAAUAACCAAAACUUUUCAUUUUUCAUGUUUGGAACAAACACUGAGCAACUUUAUAACUUUCUAGCUAGUCUAUUUAUGUAAGUUUUGUUUACUAAUGUAAGCUUGUGUAUCUUUUUUAUA